AUUGAAGUAUUUUUUAUUAAAUCAGUAUAUGCAAUUGUGUGUUAGAUAUAUAGUAAUCAUAAAUAGUAAUUAGUGUUUCUAAUUAUCAAGCUUGCAUGGGAUUGAACCUAUAGCCUUUACAAAAACAGGUCAUGAGGCACUCCACCCUGCAGCGAUCUGUAGUUUCUUAUUAGGACUUGUGAUAUGAUUCAAUUUAACUAUUAGCUCAGGCGCAUGAAAAAGUAUUUGUGGAUAUUUUCAUCAUAUAUAUGAUUAAUAACUAUUUUCACUGUCAAUGCUGAUAUUUAGUUGCUGACUUGAAGUGACCAUGGGAAACGAGCAUUCAACACAGAAUAAACCUCAGAAGGCAAAUGCUGAGAAGAAAGCCCAAAAUGGAGAGCUGAAUGGACAUGCAGUACCAGCUGCAGAUGAAACUGAACCUGAGACAAGCAAAAAAGAAGCAGUGGAGCAAAAGAGUGAAACCCUGCCAGCGCCUGUCACAAAUGAACCAAAACCAUCAGAAAAAGAGGAGGUAGACAGCAGUAAAGCCAACGGAACCGCACAUGUGGAUGCGACCCCUGAGCAAAAUACGACAGUUGCAACAGAAGCAGAGCCACCCAAAAAAGCCCCAAAGCCCAGUGGAGAUGAGGUGUCCAACUUCCUUGGUAAAAUGUUCAAAAAGAAGAGCGAACCUGUGAAACCUGCAGCAGAAAACAACGAUUCAGUUGAUGCACCGGCCAAAGCGGUGGAUCUCAAAAUCAACAUGCAGACUGAUCCAGUGGACAUAAAGAGCAGCGCAGAGCCAGAGCCGGAGCCGGAGGCUGAAGCUCUCGAACCCAGUCCUGUGGAAGCCGCAGAAGAAAACAAACCAUCAGAGGAGGCCAAAGCAGCAGAAAAGACAGUUAUGAACUUUUUCAAAACAUUUGUGACUCCGACCAAAACAAGCAAAGAAGCCAAAGCCACUCCAGAUGCUUCAAAAGAGCAGUCACAGAAAGAGACCCCGCCAGCACCAUCAACAAAUGAAGCACCCAAGGCACCUCCUCCUCCCCCAGCACCACCUAAGAUGGAAAGCAAAGCAGAGCCGGCGGUGAAGAAAGAGGAAACAUCUGCAACAAAAGCAGCAACAGCAGCUGCAACAAAAGCAGAGGGAUCUGCCAAGAGCAAAACUAAAGACAGUGCAUUAAGCAAACUCUUCCGUUCAAAGGUGUUGCUAGGCAAGGUGGUGUCAAAAGUUCAGGCGGCGACAAGCAGUGGAGCCAGAGCUAAGACAUCAGGAGUGCCUGUUGUGGUGGAAGAGAAAAAGCCGGUUGAGGUGCAGGUCGACGCGUCUAAGACCAGCACUCUUGAGGCCGCAGCCAAACCUGAAGAACCUCCAGCACCAAAAACAGAGGAGAAGAAAAUUGAGAAGAAAUCCACUUUUGGAAAAAUGUUCAAACCCAAGGUUCUGCUCGGCCAGGUGAGCAGCAGGAUCCAGGCCGCGGCGUCCAGCGCUGCCGCCAGCAUCUCCCUCAUGUCUGCUGCAGCGGCACCAGAGCCCAAGAAGGAGACUCCAGCUGCUCUUCCCGUGGCAGAAGCUGCUCCACCCGCAAAGGCCAAAGAGGAGCCGAGACCCACCACUCCUGUAACGCAAGGGGCCCUGGACAACAAAUCAGCCGACAGCACAGAGAACGCCUCCCCCAACAUGCCCCGCAAGCUGGAGAAGAGGAACUCCCUCCAGCUGUUCUUCAAAAACCUGGGCCAAAAACGCCAUUCUGAUGCUGGAGUGCAAACGGACCCUGUGGCACCCGAGAAGGCCAAAUAAAACCCUGCCUUUGUUUUGAUCACUCAUCUGUGCCAAAACCAUUGGCAGCCAUGCACAUAAGAACAUAUUUACCAAAGUUGGGAGGUAUUAUGCUGAUUUGCAAGGCCCAAGUUUGAAGUAACUAUGAAAUUAUAAUCUGAAUCUCCAUGCAUUUAGUGAGAGCAGAAGUAAGUGUAAUGAUCACCCUGUAAAGCAAGUGCUACAUGUGUUUAUGACCAGAGGGAGGUGUUGUUUUUCACAGAGAAAUGAGUUGCAUGGUGUGGCAUGAGAUGGAAAAGUGAAAGUGAAAAUGUAAUCCUGCAUUGAAGAUAAACUCCCUUUUUUAUGUGCAUGUUAAAAUGUAAAAUAUGUUAACUAUACUAACACUACUCAUUUUGCAUCAUGCAAUAAAAGCCGUUGCAUUAAGAUGCCUUUUCAACGGGAUAAAGCAAACAUCAUGUGCGUUUGCAUGUGAAAAGAAUCUAUUUAUUUAAUCAUACACUAUCUGAUUGUGAAAAAACUGACCCGUCAUCUGCUGAUUUCAAUCACUGAAACCCACAAAGCCAAUUUGAAUUCCACUUGAAUUCCAUGCAAAACUUCUGCAUCACUUUAAUAAAUCCAUAGAAAUCACAAGUAUUUAUUUAACAUAAUGUCAAUCAAAUUGAGCACUAUAUAUUAUUAUUCCAAUUUAUUUGGUUAUUUAAGCUCAGCCCAGUUUCUAUAUAAAAUAAUAAUAAUAAUUGUUUUCAUUUCUAAGAUUGUUUAUUAAACAUAACUUACUAACUAAACCACUUUACAAUUAUUGUCUUUUAUUUGCUUGGCCAUCCAGUUCUGACCAGAGUAGACUAAAAAGAAAUUAAGCUAGUAAAAGAUUUUAUUUUAUUUCUUAUUUUCUGAAAAUCUUAGUUUUUAUUAGAACAGUAUGAAAUAAAUAUGUGGUAUACAGUUAUGCAAUAUACAAUGUACAUUCAACUCAGCUGCAAUCGCAUGUGUUUUAGGAUUUUCUUCCUAAUUAUCUCUACAUUUGUAAAGAGUAGAUGGGCCUAAUUCAGAAUUUAGACUAUAUCCAUGAAUCGUAGACUUUCUGUAUCUCUUUUGUUGCAUUUUUUGUCUAUUUAACCAAUUUAUAAAAAUAAACAAAUUAUU